AUGGAAGAAUUCAACCAUUUUGGGUUCUCUUCCACCAAUAUUCAUCAACACCUACCAAUUCGCCGGUUUUCACAGGCAGCACGUGUUGAAGAACACCACCAAUUCCUAUCAGAUGAUCAUAACUCAUCAUGGGAGCUCCUUCAUCACCUUGAUGAUCAAGUUUAUCCACCGGAAAUGGCUCCUGCUUCUGCGGAUUCCAUGGAAGAGUUCCAAUUUGUCGACAGCUUCUUCAACAUCGAAAAUAUCUACAAUGAAGACUCAUCAUAUAAUAACUCUUUCUUCCCUGAAGUUGUUCUUGAUGACACUUUCUUGAUCCCUGACGACAAUGGAGAUUUUCCGAUGAUGAUCGAUAUGAGUAUGAGCAGUUCAUAUGAAGAUGCUACCUCGCCGGAAAUGUCUGUACAACCGGCAGCCACCGUAGACAACCAGGAUCAGGUGAACGUAAAUGGUGUCGACGACGGUUUACAACUGGUCCACCUCCUCUUAGCCUGUGCAGAGGCGGUGGGUUGCCGGGACACUCAACUCGCCGAUUCAAUUCUCUCCCAGAUUUGGCACUCUGCUAACCCUUUUGGUGAUUCCUUACAAAGGGUAUCCUAUUGUUUUGCAAUGGGGUUAAAAUCAAGACUUAUCCAUCUUCAAAAGGGUACCAUUUCAAUGGCGAACAAUUGGGAAGAAGGUGAUGUCACGAGGGAGGAGAAGAUCGAAGCUUUUCAUCUCCUCCACCAGACGACACCAUACAUUUCGUUCGGAUUCAUGGUGGCAAACGACGCCAUUGUUCAAGCGGCCCAAGGGAAAGAUCAAAUCCACAUUAUCGAUUUGGGAAUGGAACACACGCUCCAGUGGCCGUCAUUGAUAAGAACCCUAGCAUCAACAAAACUCAUCCGGAUCACCGGAAUUCUAGGAGAACGGGGAGAAACCGCGGAGUUGGAAUCGGAAAUGAAAUCCGUGGUCGCCGGAGCGAAUUCCGUCGGAAUUGAAGUACAGUUCCGACUGAUUCCAGGGCCAGCCACUCCGGCGAUGCUAACGAGAGAGAAUCUAGGAAUAAAAGAAGGUGAAUCGUUGUUUGUAAACAGCAUACUCCAUUUGCAUACGUAUGUGAAGGAGAGCAGAGGUUCCCUGAAAACGAUACUUCAGGCGAUCAAGAAGUUAGGGCCGACGCUGCUAACGGUGGCGGAGCAAGACGCGAACCACAACGGGCCAUUUUUUCUCGGGCGAUUUCUUGAAUCGUUACAUUAUUAUUCGGCGAUAUUUGAUUCAUUGGAAGCAAGAAUGGGGAGAAACAGUAUGGAGAGGAUGAAGAUUGAGAGGAAUCACUUUGCGGAGGAGAUAAGGAAUAUAGUGGCGUAUGAGGGAACGGAAAGGGUGGAGAGACAUGAGAGAGCUGAUCAAUGGCGGCGGCAGUUGGGGAGGGCGGGGUUUCAGGUGGUGACCGGAAUGAAAGACCGGCAAGCUAUGGUGAUGAAGAGUUUAGGCGGUGGUGAUGGGUAUACAGUGGGGAAUGAUCAGAAAGGGAAUGUUUUGCUUGGUUGGAAAGGGAGGCCGAUCAUGCUGGCGGCGGCUUGGCAGCCAAGCUCCUCCUAG